GCUCCUUUCCCCGCCCACUGAGGCGGCGCUGUCCCUGACCGAGCUGCGGGAGUGAGGGCUCAGAGAUGGGCAGUGAGAAGGAGCAGAGUCCAGAAGCACACCUGCCUGAGGAAGGGGAAGGGGGGAAGCCUUGGAGAGUGGACGGCUCAGAGGAUUUCCAGAUCACAUCUGGGGAGGAACAUGGGCAGGCGAGCCUGUCCAAGAGGCUUCAAGGAACACACCCCAAAACGCCAUGGCAGAAAGUCACUGCCCGAGCUGGAGGCCCCAGGAACCCCAUUGCUUUUAAAGGCCCAGAGGCGGACGAGAAGCCUUUUAUAUGUGUGCAGUGUGGCAAAACCUUCAACAAUACCUCCAACCUGAGAACACACCAGCGGAUCCACACUGGUGAGAAGCCAUACAAGUGUUCCGAGUGUGGCAAGAGCUUCUCCCGAAGCUCCAACCGCAUCCGUCACGAGAGGAUCCACCUGGAAGAGAAGCACUACCAAUGUGCCAAGUGUCAGGAGAGUUUUCGGCGGCGCUCAGACCUCACUACACACCAGCAAGAUCACCUGGGCCAGCGGCCAUACCGCUGUGACAUUUGUGGCAAGAGCUUCAGUCAGAGUGCCACGCUGGCUGUCCAUCACCGAACCCACCUGGAGCCAGCACCUUACAUCUGCUGUGAGUGUGGGAAGAGCUUCAGCAACAGCUCCAGCUUUGGGGUGCACCACCGGACCCACACCGGUGAGAGGCCUUAUGAGUGUACUGAGUGUGGGCGGACUUUCAGUGACAUCUCCAACUUCGGAGCACACCAGAGAACACACAGGGGGGAGAAGCCGUACCGGUGCACUCAGUGUGGGAAACACUUCUCCCGAAGCUCGAACCUCAUCCGACACCAGAAAACACACUUGGGCGAGCAGGAUGAGAAAGAGUCUAGCUGAAGGGGAGCCCUGUAAAGAGUGAGGGAGAGCAUGUAGGCCACCUUGAUAGGAGAAGGAGGCCGUUAGCACCUGCUGGGGCACCUGGACUGCAAGCCCUUCACUUUGUAGAAUGGUCCCUUGUUGCCUUUGCAAUCAGGAAAUCCUGCCUCCUCCCAGGCAGUUUCUUGCCUUGAAAAAUCAGAGUGCCCAGUCGUCACUUUACUUUCUCAGGGGUGGACGAAGUGGGACAGGCUCAGGACAUGCUCUCAUCAUUGGGACAUCAGUCCCCUGGCUUUGUGGAAAGUGCCAGAGACGGCAUCACUGUCUGCAGGGCCUCUAGAGCCAGCUAGCUUCAGACCCACUGCAGUGGCCUGUGAGUUCCUCCCUUGCUGUGCCUCAUCCCAUGUCAACUUCUAGAGCCCUAGGCCGGGAGGCGUGGCUCUCCUGUUGAAGGGGCCUCUUCUGUCUGAGAAGAGGCUUGUGGUCCUUCAGUAAGAAUGAGAAGGAAGCCUCAGGGAUCCACAAUCCAGGGACCCUCACACUCCCUGUGUUUGUUACCUACCUUCCUCACCCCACCUUGCAUCUGUCCUCAGUGAUUACCAGUAAAACACUUCAAUGAGAA